UAAACUUAAAAAAACAUUAUACGAUGCAGCCAAGACACCUCCAAUUUGAUAUAAGUCUAUUUAAGCCACCUUAUUCAACACCAUUCUCUUCAGUUAUCUCUUUGUUCCUUCUUUAUUUUUCACCCGUGUUGUUUUAUUUCAAAAAUAUAAACGUGAAGAGGAGAAACCAUGUCAGACAGCAACGUUCCAGAAAUAAAGUACGAUGUUUUUGUUAGUUUUAGGGGCAAGGAAAUCCGUGACGGGUUUCUUAGCCAUCUGACUGAGGCAUUUGACAAGAAGAAAAUAAAUGGCUUCGUAGAUGAUAAACUUGAGAGCGGAGAAGAAAUAUGGCCAUCACUUGUUGCAGCCAUUGAAAGAUCAGCCAUUUCGUUGAUCAUCUUCUCACCAGAUUAUGCUUCUUCUCGUUGGUGUUUAGAAGAAAUUCUGAAAAUAGUUGAAUGUAAAGAGAAAUAUGAACGGAUUGUAAUUCCUGUUUUCUACAAAGUGGCACCCACAGAUGUAAGACAUCAAUCUGGAAGUUACGAAAAUGCCUUUGCUAACCAUCGACUAAACUAUACGAGUCAGGUGCAAAUGUGGAAAGAUGCUUUGAAAAAAUCUGCUGAUUUAUCUGGAAUUGAAUCCUCCAAAUUUCGGUAA